CGAAGGGCAGGGCUUAUGAGCGGCGUUUAUAAGCCCAGCCCGUCAGGUUUUGUCACACUUCACCCAGGAAACUGCUUGCUUUUAACGGAGUGUGCUGUUACUUUGCGUACUGUCAACAUGAUUAUUGUCAUUGACGAUAAGGAGGCCUUUCUCAGUGCCCUGACAGAAGCAGGAGACAAGCUGGUGGUAGUGGACUUCACAGCCACCUGGUGCGGCCCUUGCAAGAACAUUGCUCCCUUCUUCAAAGGGCUGUCGGAAAAACCAGAGAACAGUAACGUGGUUUUCCUCAAGGUGGACGUUGACGACGCAGCGGAUGUGGCCCAACACUGUGAUAUCAAAUGCAUGCCAACGUUCCAUUUCUACAAGAAUGGGGGAAAGGUGGAUGAUUUUUCUGGGGCCAACCAAGCCACGCUGGAGGAGAAGAUCAAGGCCCUGAGGUCAUGAGGCCACACACACUGACGCUGUAGAAAAACAACCACCAACCAUGUCUAUAAAA